AAAAGGUGUAAUAAUCACCUAUGAGGCGCAACGUUUGCGUUCCCACUAUAAAAGAGCGUUUUUGAAAGGAGAAAUUGAAAUUGGGAUUUUCCAGGGAGAGAAAUUACAGAACACCAACAACCACAAGAAGAAGAAGAAGAAGAAGAAGGAGAUGAUGAUGAUAAAAAUGGAGAAAAAGUAAGAAAGCAAGAAUCAGAUCAUCAAUGGCGGAGGACAACAGCUAUGGAGACAAUCGGCAAGAGCAGGAGGAGGCGUUGGUCGCACUCAUCGAGCAUCGCACCCGCGAAGUUCAACAUCUCCGCCACCGCCUUUCGUAUUACGAAUCUCAGCUUGAGGAAGCUGUGAAAAGGUUGCAAGAUUCACAGUUCAAGUUGGCUCGUCUUCGAGGCGCAGCGUCAUCUACAAAGAACCAAGCUAAUGAAACCAAAAGUGUCAAGGUGGAGAGAAGGUCAAUUAGUCCUGUCUCUUGCAAACAAUCUCAAUCUAAAGCAGAACUGGAUAAUGGAACUAAACGUGUCAAGGUGGAGCCAGCGAGUCCAGUCCAUGUUAAUGAUGGUCCUUCUCGAAAACAACUUCAAUCUAAACCAGAACUUUUGAUUCCUGCUGUUUUUCAACCUGUAAUACCAGCAGCCGCUAAAACUUCACGUAGUUCCACUGCCACCGCGCAAGUCAGCUCAUCGGUUUCCAAUCACUCUAACAGCCAUGCGAAAGAAAAGGGGGAUAAAACUCUUAGGAUUUCUUCUGACUGUGAAAUUGUUCAAAAUAAAGAGAAAGGAACUAAACGAAAACUAGAACACAAAGAACAUAAAGAGUUAAUUCCACUCGUGUGUAAUAGCUCUAAACCAUGCAUUAUUCGGUGUGACACAAGCAAUCAUAUCUCGAGUCAGCACAAGAGGAAAUUGAGAGCUCUUGCUUUAUGUCCAGUCAACGAUCAGCUUUUCGUGACAAGUGCUUUGGAUGGAGUGGUCAAUUUGUGGCAAGUUCAUUCCAGGGGUUCAGGUGCAUCCCUACUUAGUACCACCGAUUGCUCAUCCCAAAAACAAAGGAGAUGGCCGGAAGAUAUAGCCUGGCACCCAGAGGGGAACUCUCUAUUUUCUAUAUAUAGUGCUGAUGGUGGGGAUUCUCAGAUAUCCAUUCUAGAUCUGAAUAGAACACAAGGGAGGGCUAGGGUUACUUUCUUGGAAGAUAAGCCUCAUGUGAAGGGUAUUAUUAACGGUAUAAAUUUCAUGCCCUGGGAAAAUGCUUGUUUUGUCACCGGUGGCUGUGAUCAUGCCGUUAUACUUUGGGAUGAGAAAGAUGACAAUGUGUGGAAACCAAAGGCGUUGCACAGGAACUUUCAUUCUUCCGCUGUCAUGGGCGUUGCUGGGAUGGAACAAAAGCAGAUUGUACUAUCCGUUGGGGCGGACAAGAGAAUUAUUGGAUUCGAUGCUCAUGUAGGAAGAGCAGACUUCAAGCAUCAAAUUGACAGCAAAUGCAUGAGUGUUUUGCCAAAUCCACGCGACUUCAAUCUUUUCAUGGUUCACGCCGGGACUCUUGAGAGGCAACUUCGGUUGUUCGACAUAAGGCUAAGGCAAACAGAAAUCCAUGCCUUCGGGUGGAAGCAAGAGAGCAGCGAAUUGCAGUCGGCUCUGAUAAACCAGUCGUGGUCUCCUGAUGGGUUAUACGUUACAUCUGGUUCUGCAGACCCCAUGAUUCACAUAUUUGAUAUCAGGUACAAUGUGAAGAAGCCUUCUCAAUCCAUCAGGGCUCAUCAGAAGCGGGUUUUCAAAGCUGUGUGGCUCGAGUCGGUCCCGCUUCUUGUUUCCAUAUCUUCGGAUCUAAACAUCGGAUUGCAUAAAAUCGCAUAGAUUUUUGGUAUAGAAGCUACUAGUCAGCCCAUAAGAGGAGUAAGAGGAAAUCUUCAUUUCUUUUUUCUCUUUUUGCAUGGGUGUUAAAGUUUUGCUACUAGCUUUCCAGAAGGAAUAGGUGCAAAGUGCUCCUUUUUUUUUUUAUUCUCUCUUUUUAAUUAUUUUGGCAAGAAAAAUCUAAGCCAAAGAAGUUCUUUCAAAGGAAAACUAAAAUCUAGCCUUUGAAUUUUGCCUUUGGUGGUGGUGUCUUCUUCUUCUUUUUUUUUAUUUAUUUAAAAACUUUGUUAUUAGGUUUUUUUCAUGGGAUAUCUCUAACUUUUUGCGAUUAAUAAUUUUU